AUGGCAAGACCAUUAGCAAAAAUAUGUGACAUCAAUGACACCAAAGAACUUUGGAAAGUUUCUGUUCGUGUGCACCACAAAUGGACAGUUGUUUCGAACAAGAGGGAGCAUUUUGAGAUGAUUUUUGUUGAUGUAUCGGGUGGUGACAUACAUGUUGUUGUUCCUGCACCGCAUGUAUCUCUAUUUUCAGAAAAAAUGGUCUUGGAUCAUAGUUACACUGUUUCCAAUUUUAAGGUUCAGGCUAAUGUUGCGGCUUUCAGACCUUCGUCUCAUAAGUUUAUGUUGAAGUUUACUGCUGGCACUACGGUUACGGAUGAUAACAACGCGAAAAUACCUCCAAAGCCGCUGGUGUUUACUAAAUUUACUGAUAUAAUAAACGGCAACUUUAACAAGGAUGUGCUAAUAGAUGUCAUUGGUAUGGUGGAAAGUAUUGGGUAUUCACAGACCACAUCAGGUGCCCGGAAGCAGCAGAUUAACAUGAUGCUGCGUGACGGGGGUGAGAAUACUAUCAAUUGCACGCUUUGGGAAUCCUAUGUUGAACAAUUCAUGAAGUUCAAGCAGGAGCGCGGAGAUGAUUCUGGUCCUAUUUUUGUCAUGAUCCAAUAUGCUAAAGUCAAGGAACAGGGAAAGUUUCCACUGUCCGUGACAAACACGUUUAAUGUUACCGUCCUUGGUCUGAAUACUGAUUUGCUGCCGAUGAAAGAGUUUAUAGAAAGUUUUCCGAAGGAUUCCAUGAUUACGUUGUCUGGCCAGGAGGGUUCCAAUUCACAGCUUUCGGCACAGAACUCUGAAAAUCAACAGAUGACUCCUGUACAGAAAUUGCUUUCAAAGGCUGUUGUAAUGCCUAUUGGGGAUAUCAUAAAACUUAGAACUAUUACAUUUUGUACGACUGUUGGAGAAACUAAAAUGCUGGUUGCCUCUCCGUAUGGCUGGUAUUAUCGUGGUUGUCAUGCUUGCUCAUGUAUUGCGCAUGGUGACAGAGCUCCGUUUGAGUGUGAGGCUGGACAUUUCACUAAGGCAGAGAUUUUUAGGUUAACAUACUUGUCACAUGUAUAA